UCUAAAGGCGGUCUGUAUUCGUGACUGUGGGCGUGUGUUCUGCGUCGAAACAGUUUUUCUGCAACAGUUCCGUGUUUUUCUCUUUUCCUAUAGAAACGGUCAGAGGUUGACCGUUAGCGUUAAGUUUAUCAUGACCGCCUCCGCGGUGUUUAGACCUGUCCGCCUCGCAGCGACUCUCGGCAGGAAAAUCGCACCGUGUCAAGACGGUAUAGCGAGAAGCUUAAAGUCACAAACCAGCGAACUAACAGGGAAAUUAAAGACGGUCGAGGAUUUGCCAGGUCCCAAUUUAGCGACCACAGUUUACUUUUUUUUCAUAAAGGGCUACGCGGAUAGGAGCCAUGCAAUGCAGGUGGAACACAAACGUCUGUAUGGGCCGAUCUGGCGAUCCCGGUUUGGUCCAUUUGAAAUUGUUAACGUUGCGACAGCGGAGCUCAUCUCUCAGGUGAUCCGUCAGGAGGGACGCUACCCGUUGCGCUCCGAACUUCCGCACUGGAAGGAGUACAGAGACCUGCGCGGACAAGCUUACGGGCUCCACGUCGACACGGGUGCAAACUGGUACCGCCUGCGCAGUGCUCUGAACCCGAAGAUGUUGAAACUGCACGAGGUGGCUACAUAUGCACCAGUUCUCCACGAUGUUGUAACGGACCUGCUGCAGAGGCUGGAACUCCUGCGUCUGCGUAGCCCAGACAAGACCACCGUGUUUGACCUGGCCUCUGAGCUCUACAAGUUUGGCUUUGAAGGUAUCUCCUCUGUCCUGUUCGAGACACGCCUGGGCUGUCUGCAGGAGGAGAUCCCCAAGGACACACAACGCUUCAUAGGAGCUGUCAACAACAUGUUGACCCUCUCUGAAUCUGUGCUCUUCUUCCCUCGCUGGACCCGGAAAAUCUUCCCUUUCUGGACACGCUUCGUCCAGGCCUGGGAUGACCUCUAUGAUGUGGCCCGACAUUUGAUUGACAGGAAGAUGAAGCAGAUAGAAGAGCACGUGCAGCAUGGUGAGCAGAUGAAGGACACUUACCUCACCCACCUGCUUUCCAGUAACAAGCUCUCCCUGGAGGAACUGUACACCACCAUCACAGAGCUGCUACUAGGAGGCGUGGACACAACAUCUAACACCCUGUCCUGGACAUUGUAUCACCUUGCUGGGGAUCAGGAGAUCCAGAAUCAUCUCUAUCAGGAGGUGGUGUCCGUUUGUCCGCACAGGGAGCUGCCCACCACGGAGCAUCUGAGAAGGAUGCCCUACCUAAAAGCUGUCAUUAAGGAGAUACUCAGAUUAUACCCAGUAGUGUCUGGCAAUGGACGUUUUACUGUGGAAAAAGAAGUUGUCGUGGGCAAUUACUGGUUCCCAAAGAAGACGCAGUUCCAUCUCUGCCACUACGCGGUGAGCCACGAUGAGAACGAGUUCCCCAAAGCGGAGUGCUUCUUUCCAGAGCGCUGGUUGAGGGGCGGGGCCUCCUUCUCCAAGCACCACCCCUACAGCUCCAUCCCGUUUGGUGUUGGAGUGCGUGCCUGUGUGGGGAAGAGGCUGGCGGAGCUGGAGAUGCACAUCGCUCUGUCCAGGCUGAUGCAGCACUAUGAGGUUCACCGUCUGGAGGAGGCCCCUGCAAUACAGCCUAAAACCAGAACCCUUCUCAUUCCCUCCCAGCCCAUCAACCUGCGCUUCCUCCCCCGGGCCUGAGGGUGGCGAUGCUUACCAAGACAAUAGGAAAGGACACCGCCUUUAAGAUCCCGCAAAUCCUCUGGGAUGUAAAUUUAAGGUGAUAUCACAGUGGCCCCAGCGUUAAGCAAGCUUCGUUAGUAAACACAAAGUGAUGACAACAACUUUAAGUGUAGUCACUAAAUGUAAGCAAAUUCAAAUAACAACUAAUAAAUCACUAAAAAUAAAAAUGUAUUUACAGAUUCAACCAAGGGAUUCAAAUUAAUUUUGUUAUUGCCACAAAAUCCUGAUCCAGCCAUUACGGUUUACUGCAUGAUCAUCACCCUGUUUUGUUAUUUCCAGUCUUGCUGUGCAUAUUCAACAGCCUUUCAGGUUUAAACACUCAUCUUUUUUUCUGUCAUGAUCCACAUUUUAGGCCCAUUCUUUAGACCUGGGCUUCUAUACAACCUAGUACAGGUGUGCUGCAAACACACCUUAGUAAACAAAUGGUUGGUCUCUCAUGCCUGGAGUAGAGCUUUAUGGGAUUGAGGGUACUGGUAACACUGCAUAUUUGUGCAGGUAUGGGGACAAAAUGAAAAAUAUUGCCAAAAUGGCAAUAGAUACGUUAUUCCUGUAGGAACAGUAAUAAAAUGGCUGUUAUCACUGUGCAUGUGCCAUUAAAAUGCAAUCACCACAGGAGAAAUGUGAAAUACAACACCUACUGCAUUACGUUGUCAUGUCAGAUAUGAAUACAGUCCACCUUCAGAUGUAAUCAAGGCACACCUACAUUGCUUCCCAGGGGAAUUUCUGAACUACCUGUUGUAUUGGAGCAGACAGAAUUAAGGGGGCGCAGUCCAACCCCUUCGUUUGCAUCCAGUCCUAGGGGCUGAAUGCUUUCUUAAAAAGGCUGACCUGUUGCUCCUUUCUGCUUUACUCUCUCUCUCUCUCUCUCUCUCUCUCUCUCUCUCUCUUUCUCUCUCUCUCUCUCUCUCUCUCUCUCUCUCUCUCUCUCUCUCUCUCUCUCUCAUUGUGUCUGUUUAGCAUCAGCUUUCACUAUUUCUCUGUUCUUCUCAUCUUACUCCUGUUUACUGAUCAUUUCUGAGUGCCGUCUCACUUCUAUCAUGAGAAUAUUUUGUAUAUUUACAUUUAAUUUUGAUAACUUUCACACAUAUACAUGUGAAUAAUUCAGUUUAUGUCUCAAAGAAAUCAUUUCUCUUAUAUAUGUGACUGAAUUAUUAAAAUGUGAAUUAUGUGAUGUUUUUUCAUAAUCAGUUUAUGCUAGAGAGAUAACACUCGUAAAGCUUGUAAAAAAAGCAAGUUACUGGUGUUAUUUUAUAUUUUACAAGCUUGUGUUAUUUAGUUAUAAGUGAUACCUUGGCUUUAGUUGUCUAAUGUGUUUUGUUAGAUUAAAUGCUUAUAUGUGGCUAGCCUUAAAA